AAAAAAAAAAGAAGCAGAAAAGCUGGGUUGGUUCUUCGGAAGCAGUGAGAGCUUUUUUUUUCUGUUAUGGACUGUUAGCACUGAGCAGUAAAGCAAAAGGCAAAUCUUCAAGCCUCGUCAGUAUCCUUUCCACCAUUCACAAACAAAAACAAAACCCAGAGUUCAAAAAGUUCAAAAGCAAAGAGGUACUGUAAUUCCUUCCUUUCUCUCGGAGACACCGAAUGACCCUUGCCCCACUUGAGCAAAAAGGAAUAAUCUCUCACCUUUUCCUGCACCAGAAAAAUGGGCAUUCUCUCUUCAUUAAACCUUCCAUUGCCUAUUACAGAACAACAUCUCUUCCCUGCUUCACUGCUGAAACAAAACCCAGAUAGGCAACAGAGAGAAACCCAUCGAUCGUUUUUGCUGUUAUUGCUUCCACAGUCACUCUGCCAGAAAUGGCGAGUACCAGUGGCACCAAGAGUGAUGGUCUGCCCAAAUCCCUUUCCAGGAAGAUGACAAGGAUGCGGACAGGGGGAGCAGCACUCGAUGCUCCUGAGGACGAAGGCAUCGACAGUGAAAAACUCGUUCCAUCGUCACUCGCUGAGAUCAUUCCAAUUCUUCGUGUUGCCAAUGAAAUUGAGCCCGAGAACCCCAGGGUCGCUUACCUAUGUCGCUUUCAUGCAUUUGAGAAGGCUCAUAAAAUGGAUCCGAUGUCAUCUGGUCGUGGCGUUCGUCAAUUCAAAACAUAUCUUCUGCAUAGAUUAGAAAAGGAAGAAAAGGAGACAAAACCUCAGCUUGCAGGAAAUGAUCCCAGGGAAAUACAGAAGUUCUACCAGAUGUUCUAUGAAGCAAAAGUCAGGGAUGGCCAGUACAAGAGAAAACCGGAGGAGAUGGCCAAGAUCUAUCAGAUUGCUUCAGUGUUAUAUGAUGUUGUGAGAGCUGUGGUGCCUUCUGAGAAAGUUGAUGCACAGAUAAACAAAUGGGCUAGAGAAGUUGAGACAAAAAAGGAGCAGUAUGUACACUAUAACAUUCUUCCGUUGUAUGCCACUGGAGCUAAGCCAGCAAUAAUGGAGCUUCCUGAGAUCAAAGCAGCGCUUGAUGCUUUGCGUAUGGUGGAUAACCUUCCAAAGCCCAGAGCUCAGUCGACGCCUAACGAGCCUGAUGACAGGGAUAUAGCCAUCCAUGAUUUGCUUGAUUGGCUUUGGCUAGCUUUCGGGUUUCAGAAAGGAAAUGUAGCAAAUCAGAGGGAACACUUGAUAUUGUUACUGGCAAAUGCUGAUAUAAAGAAUAAGCAACAAGAGGAUUAUGGUCAGCUGGAAAAUGACACCAUAGAGAAUUUGAUGGGGAAAAUCUUAAAAAAUUAUCGCUCAUGGUGUAACUACUUGCAUUGUGAACAAAAUGUCAACAUCGCGUAUAAUGCUGCUGACAGACAACAGUUACAGCUUCUUUAUAUUGGACUGUAUCUUCUCAUUUGGGGUGAAGCUUCAAAUAUCCGAUUCAUGCCAGAAUGUAUUUGCUACAUCUUUCAUAAUAUGGCUAGAGAUCUUGAUGGGAUCCUGCACAGCAAUGUCUAUUCAGUUAGUGGAGGUACAUUUCGACCAGCACACCAGGGUGAGGAGGCAUUUUUGCGUGAAGUUGUGACACCUAUCUACCAGGUCUUGCGCAAGGAAGCCAAGAGAAACCAAGCAGGCACUUUAAGCCACUCAAAGUGGAGAAAUUAUGACGAUCUAAAUGAAUAUUUUUGGUCAGAUAAAUGUUUUAAGUUGGGGUGGCCAAUGGACCUUAAAGCAGACUUUUUUGUGCAUUCUGAUGAGAUACAGCCUAGAAAUGAGGUUUUUAUCCAUCAACCUAACAAUGUCACUUCUGGUAAGAGAAAGCCGAAGACAAACUUUGUUGAAGUUCGUACCUUUUGGCAUCUUUAUAGAAGUUUUGACCGAUUGUGGGUAUUCUUCAUUUUGGCUCUCCAGGCUAUGGUAAUAGUUGCAUGGAGUGCUGGAGGAUCACUCUCUUUGAUUGAUGAGGAUGUGUUCAGAAACGUUCUGAGCAUUUUUAUAACCUAUUCUUUACUCAAUUUCUUGCAAGCUAUGCUGGAUAUAAUUCUUAGUUGUAGAGCUUGGGGAAGCUUGAAGAAAACCCAAAUUGUUCGGUACCUCAUGAAAUUUGCAGUUGCAGCUGUAUGGGUAGUAGUCCUUCCCAUAGGCUAUUCCAGCUCUGUGCAGAAUCCAACAGGGCUUAUCAAAUUUUUCAGUGAUUGGACCAAUAAUUGGCAAAGCCAGCCAUUCUAUAACUUCGCCAUUGUAAUUUUUAUGAUGCCCAAUAUAUUGGCUGCAAUACUAUUCAUUCUUCCGCCUUUACGGAGAUCCAUGGAGCGUUCAAAUUUCCGCAUUAUUGUAUUUAUUAUGUGGUGGGCCCAGCCAAAACUGUAUGUGGGAAGGGGCCUGCACGAGGACCUGUUCUCACUUCUCAAAUACACACUGUUUUGGAUCCUUCUGUUAAUCAGCAAGUUAGCAUUCAGCUACUAUGUUGAGAUAUUACCUUUAAUUGAACCAACGAAGCUGAUCAUGGAGUUGAAAGUUGGUAGUUAUGUUUGGCAUGAGUUCUUUCCUAAAUUAAGGUAUAAUAUUGGUGUUAUUAUUUCCAUUUGGGCACCAAUUGUUCUGGUGUAUUUCAUGGAUGCACAGAUAUGGUAUGCUAUUUUCUCCACCAUAUUUGGUGGUAUAAAUGGAGCCUUCAGCCACCUGGGUGAGAUUCGGACUCUUGGGAUGUUGCGCUCCAGAUUUGACGCUGUGCCAAGAGCUUUCACUAAACGUCUUGUGCCAUCAUCAAAUGAGGAUGUUAGAACGAACCACUUGGAUGAGUCGUUGGAAAGAAGGAAUAUUGCGAAGUUCUCCCAAUUGUGGAAUGAGUUCGUCAAUUGUAUGCGCAUGGAGGACUUAAUCAAUAAUAGGGAGAGGGACCUGCUUCUUGUACCAUAUUCUUCAAGUGAUGUAUCUGUUGUCCAGUGGCCACCGUUUCUCCUAGCCAGUAAAAUCCCUAUAGCGUUGGACAUGGCGAAAGAUUUCAAGGGAAAGUCGGACAUUGAUUUGUUUAGAAAGAUUAAAAAUGAUGAUUACAUGCACUCUGCAGUGAUUGAAUGCUAUGAAACACUCAAAGAUAUAAUGUUUGGCAUUUUGGAUGAUAAUGAUGAUAAAAAGGUUCUCAAACACAUAUGUUAUGAACUGGAUUCUAGCAUACAGCAGAAUAGAUUCUUGAAUGAAUUCAGGAUUAAUGAACUGCCUAAUCUCAGCUCUAAGUUGGAGAGACUUCUAAAUCUUUUGAAAGCUGAUGCAGAGGAUGUUGAAUCAUAUAAGACCCAAAUAAUCAAUGUCCUUCAGGAUAUUAUGGAGAUCAUUACGGAGGAUGUUAUGGUUAAUGGGCAUAAAAUCAUGGAAAGAGCUCAUGCAAAGACAGAGGAUAAUGAUAGCAAAGAACAAAAAUUUGGAAAGAUUAACCUUGACCUCAUGCGGAAUAGAUCCUGGAUGGAGAAGGUUGUUAGGCUUCAUUUGCUUUUGACUGUUAAGGAAUCUGCAAUAAAUGUGCCUAUGAAUUUGGAAGCACGCCGUCGCAUCACUUUCUUUACUAAUUCCUUAUUUAUGAAAAUGCCGAGUGCUCCAAAAGUUCGAAAUAUGCUAUCUUUCAGUGUCUUGACGCCAUAUUACAAGGAAGACGUCCUCUAUUCUGAGGAGGAACUUCAGAAAGAGAAUGAAGAUGGAAUAUCGAUUUUGUUUUACCUACAGAAAAUAUAUCCUGAUGAAUGGAGUAAUUUCCAGGAACGUGUUAAAUUUCCGAAGACUGUUGAUGCUGCAAAAGACGAGACGGAGUUAAUUCGUCAGAUGGAGUUAACUCGUCACUGGGCAUCUUACAGAGGCCAGACACUUUCUAGGACAGUGAGAGGGAUGAUGUAUUAUAGGCAGGCACUUGAGCUUCAAUGUUUCCUGGAUAUGGCGGGGGACCGUGACAUUUUUGGUGGUUUUAGGGCAGUGGAUUUAAACUAUAGGGAGCAAACAGCUCUAGCUGCCAAUUCACAAGCUGUUGCAGAUAUGAAGUUCACCUAUGUUGUUUCCUGUCAGAUCUAUGGCCAACAGAAAAAAUCCAAUGAUCCUCGUGACCGCAGUUGUUACCAGAACAUUUUAAAUCUCAUGUUACAGUAUCCAUCACUGCGUGUUGCUUACAUUGAUGAGAGAGAGGAGACUGUUAAUGGGAAACCUGAAAAAGUUUAUUACUCUGUUCUCCUCAAGGGAGGGGAUAAAUUAGAUGAGGAAAUUUACCGCAUCAAGCUCCCUGGUCUUCCAACAGUUAUUGGUGAAGGGAAGCCUGAAAAUCAAAAUCAUGCCAUAAUUUUCACUCGCGGAGAAGCUCUCCAGACCAUAGACAUGAAUCAGGAUAAUUAUCUCGAGGAGGCUUUCAAAAUGAGAAAUGUUUUGCAGGAGUUUCAGAAAGAUCGUCCUCGCCAACGAAAACCCACAAUAUUGGGUCUUCGGGAGCAUAUUUUUACUGGAAGCGUUUCAUCACUUGCUUGGUUCAUGUCCAAUCAGGAGACUAGUUUUGUUACUAUUGGGCAGCGAACAUUGGCAAACCCUCUCAGGGUCCGGUUCCAUUAUGGUCAUCCUGAUAUAUUUGACAGAAUCUUUCACUUGACAAGGGGUGGCAUAAGCAAAGCUUCAAAAACAAUUAACUUAAGUGAAGAUAUAUUUUCAGGAUUUAAUUCAACUCUACGUGGGGGCUAUGUUACUCAUCAUGAAUAUAUUCAAGUUGGAAAGGGGCGUGAUGUAGGAAUGAAUCAAAUUUCACUUUUUGAGGCUAAGGUAGCAAAUGGGAAUGGAGAGCAGACACUGAGCCGUGAUGUUUAUCGGCUGGGGCGUCGUUUUGACUUCUAUAGAAUGUUAUCAUUCUACUUUACCACUGUUGGUUUCUACUUCAGCAGCAUGGUAACUGUGAUUAUUGUGUAUGUGUUCCUAUAUGGGCGUCUGUAUCUGGUACUGAGUGGUUUGGAAAGGUCUAUUCUUAUGGAUCCAACUGUUCUGCAAAGUAAGUCUCUUGAAACGGCGCUAGCUACUCAGUCUGUCUAUCAACUGGGCUUGUUGCUGGUGCUACCCAUGGUGAUGGAAAUUGGCCUCGAAAGAGGAUUUCGCACAGCACUUGGUGAUUUCAUUAUCAUGCAGCUGCAACUGGCCUCUGUAUUCUUUACCUUUCAGCUUGGAACAAAAGCUCAUUAUUUUGGGAGGACAAUAUUGCAUGGUGGUGCUAAAUACAGACCUACUGGUCGAGGAUUUGUUGUGUUUCAUGCAAAAUUUGCUGAUAAUUACAGGUUAUAUUCCCGAAGUCACUUUGUGAAGGGGUUGGAGCUGUUGAUGUUGUUGAUUGUGUAUGAAGUCUAUGGGGAGUCAUACCGUAGUAUGAGUAUAUAUUGGUUUAUCACAUCUUCCAUGUGGUUCUUGGUUGCCUCAUGGUUGUUUGCUCCUUUUGUAUUCAAUCCUUCUGGGUUUGAAUGGCAGAAGACAGUGGAUGACUGGACAGACUGGAAAAGAUGGAUGGGCAAUCGUGGUGGUAUCGGUAUCCAUCAAGAUAGAAGCUGGGAAUCCUGGUGGGAAUUUGAACUGGAACACUUGAAGCACACAGACAUCCGGGGUCGAGUGCUUGAGAUAAUAUUGGCAUGUCGCUUCUUUAUCUACCAAUAUGGCAUUGUCUAUCACCUUAACAUAGCCCACCAUAUCCAGAGUAUACUGGUAUAUGGACUUUCAUGGUUGGUCAUGGCUACUGUUCUCUUGUUCUUAAAGAUGGUAUCAAUGGGGAGAAGGAAAUUUGGCACCGACUUUCAGCUCAUGUUCAGAAUCCUCAAGUUUCUUCUGUUCCUUGGCUUCUUGUCUGUCAUGACCGUCUUAUUUGUAGUAUGCAACCUGACAAUUGGGGACUUGUUUGCUGGUCUUCUCUGCUUCAUGCCAACUGGAUGGGCACUUCUUCUUAUUGGCCAAGCUUGCAGAUCCAUGAUGAAGGGUAUAGGAUUGUGGGACACCAUAAAGGAGCUAGCAAGAGGAUAUGAGUAUGUGAUGGGAAUGAUAAUUUUUAUGCCCAUUGUGAUUUUGUCAUGGUUCCCAUUCGUUUCUGAGUUCCAGACCCGCUUGCUCUUCAACCAAGCAUUCAGUAGAGGUCUACAGAUCUCAAUGAUUCUAGCAGGAAGAAAGGAGAGGGCGGCUUCAUCACAUAGUUGAGACUUCAAAUAUGUCAUUGCACAUUAAUCUGUCAUCUUGGAGUAGUUGAAUUAUUUGUAGGUUCAGUAUCACAAGUGUCCUUUUUACAAAACAACAGAAAUAUUAUAGUUUGAUAUAUU